CUUUGAACAACGGGCGGCCGCCCGGUCAGUUACAGCGGCGGCGGAGCGCCCUGCAGCCGACGGAGGCGUGGUGCCAGCCAGCUCUGCCCUAGCUGGCGCGCCGCGGACCACCGAAGCUCAGACCCAGGCGAGCGCGCUCGCGGCACUGCGCCCGCAGCCCUUUGUCUUUCUCGGCUGCCGUCCUCCCGCCACUCCCCUGCGCCGCCAUUGGCCGCAACCCCGACCCGGGCCGGGGAAGGAGGGGGCGAGUGGGCGGGGCCGCAUGGCGUCAGCGCAAGAUGGCGGCCUCGGCGGCGCUGUUCCUGCGCUUGCGGAGCGGGCUCCGGCUUGGCACGCGGGGGCUGUGCGCGAGGCUGGCGACACCGCCCGCCCGGGCCUCGGACCAGGCCGCAGGGAUCGGAAGCCGCGGGGGCACUAAGGCUCAGGCCCAGGCUCAUGGGCCACAGCAGCAGCAGGGCACAGAGGGUCCCAGCUACGUCAAAAAAGUUGCGCUCUGGCUUGCUGGGCUGCUCGGGGCCGGUGGGACCGUGAGUGUCGUCUAUAUCUUUGGAAACAACUCUGUGGAUGAAACUGGUGCCAAGAUUCCUGAUGAAUUCGACAGUGAUCCGAUUCUGGUACAGCAGUUGCGCCGGACAUACAAGUAUUUCAAAGAUUAUAGACAGAUGAUCAUCGAGCCCACCAGCCCUUGCCUUCUCCCAGACCCUCUGCGGGAGCCAUACUACCAGCCGCCCUACACUCUGGUCUUGGAGCUCACCGGUGUCCUCUUGCACCCUGAGUGGUCGCUGGCCACUGGCUGGAGGUUUAAGAAGCGUCCAGGUAUCGAGACCUUAUUCCAGCAGCUCGCCCCUUUGUAUGAAAUCGUCAUCUUUACAUCAGAGACUGGCAUGACUGCAUUUCCACUCAUUGACAGUGUGGAUCCCCAUGGCUUCAUCUCCUACCGCCUAUUCCGGGAUGCCACAAGAUACAUGGAUGGGCACCAUGUUAAGGACAUUUCGUGUCUGAAUCGGGACCUGGCCCGAGUAGUCGUUGUGGACUGCAAGAAGGAAGCCUUCCGCCUACAGCCCUACAAUGGAGUUGCACUGCGACCCUGGGAUGGCAACUCUGACGAUCGCGUCUUGCUGGAUCUGUCUGCCUUCCUCAAGACUAUCGCUCUGAAUGGUGUGGAAGAUGUCAGGACAGUGCUGGAGCACUAUGCCCUGGAAGAUGACCCCCUGGAGGCUUUCAAACAGCGGCAAAGCCGGCUAGAGCAGGAGGAGCAGCAGCGCCUGGCCGAGCUCUCCAAGUCCAGCAAGCAGAACCUCUUCUUCAGCUCUCUCACCAGCCGCUUGUGGCCUCGCUCCAAACAGCCCUGACCUCUGGGGCUCCUCAGACUCAGUGCCUGGGGCGCAGGCCCCAGGCCUCUUGUGCUCCCAGAUCACGGCUUGGGCAGCCACAUGUCCAAUAAAGGCCACCCAGAUGCCACA